AUGAGCGCGUAGCUCAGUUGUGUGUAAGCCACUGGAUCAUUAGCAUUACUCGAAGCUUGGCAUUUCCCAAAAACAUGAACUACGGAGCACUACUCUUCGCCCUGUUUGUGGCCCUGACUAUAGUCACAGUCCCACCGUUUCCAGUCGGCGCUGAGCUCUCGGCCAGAUCGGCUGCCACUGGCUCAAAUCAUCGCUUUGGCCUGCGUCUUACCACUAAGCUGGGAUUGAGCCAGCCAGACGCAAAUGUGGUGGUUUCCCCCUUGCUGAUACAGGCGGCCCUCAGUCUUCUGUACGCGGGAAGCUCUCCGGAAUCGGGAAGGGACCUUCGUCAUGCUCUGGAGCUGACCCACGCAAGUAGUCCAAAGGAAGCGGUCCAGGACAUUCAGGCUCUUCUCUCGGACCUCAAACAGUCCGCCGCUGUUGGCUGUCGCUUGCGGCUGCUCAGUGACUUUUACGCCCAGCAGCGCUUCACCUUCAACUUCCGCGAUGAGUUCGCGGCCUUGGCCUCCCAAAUGGGAGUAGGCUGCCACCGUUUGAGCUGGGAAAGUGCUUCGAACGCGGCCCAGGACAUCAACUACGGCUUCCUCAGCCGCAGCAACUUCAGUUUGGGGGAGCUCGUGAGUGCCUCCCAACUCGAAUUGCUGGCCGAGCACAACACGCCCUUUUUACACGUCUCGGCACUGACCUUCCGAGCUCCUUGGGCGCAAUCCUUCGACCCGGCUGAGACGCAGAGCAUCAACUUCUUGGCCGGAGGAAGUCGUCCCAGACUGGUGGAUGCCAUGUUUCGCCUGCGACGUUACAGGUACGCCGAGGUGCCAGCUCUGGAUGCCCAACUGAUAGAGGUGCCAUUCGCCACUGCCGAUCUGAGGAUGCUCAUUGUGUACCCGAAUCGGGCGGAUGGACUGGCCCAAUUGGAGCGGAAGUUGGCGCAGUCCGACCUCCAGCAGCUAAGGACACAGCUCGAGGAGCACAAGGUGGCCCUCACCCUGCCAAAGUUCAAAAUUCUGGUCCACUCUACACUGACAGAAGUACUCAAAGAGUUGGGGCUGGCGAAGCUAUUCACAUCGGAGAUCCAGCUGAGCGAGGUCUUCAGCUCCAUGCUGUCCAGUUCGGCUCCUCCGUUGGGAGCAGUGGUGCAGAGCAGCCUUUUGGAGCUGCAGGAGGAAGGCGGAGACGCGGGAGGAUCGUUUUCCUUCGGGGAUCUAUUCCGACGAGCCCUGCCCCUGGUCAUCAAUCAUCCGUUCUUCUACGCCAUCGGCAAUGACAAGACCCUGCUGCUGGCCGGCCACAUCGUCGACAUCUGAUUCUCUCUGCUGCUCACUUAGUAUUCGAUUCCAAUGCUAACACUAACUGGGGUUAUCGCCUUAUCAUCUUCGCUCAAAUCAUUGAAAAAUAAACAGAAUCAUCCGUGGCAAGCCAAAGGUGACAAAUGAUUUGUAAA